AUGUCAGCCACCUUCCCGGGAUUGGUUCAUGAUGCGGAGAUACGUCACGACGGAUCAAACAGUUAUCGUUUGAUGCAGCUCGGUUGUCUGGAGUCCGUGGCCAACUCGUCGGUCGCAUACUCGUCGUCGUCGCCGCUCACCUACCCGGCCACCGGGACCGAGUUCGCGUCGAGCUACUUCCCCGCCAAUCACCAAUACACACCCUUACACCACCAAUCCUUCCACUACGACUUCCAGCACGGCCACCAUGCGGCCGUGAACGCGGACGCCUACUACUCUCAGCAGUACUACCAGCAGCUGCACCACGGCGAGACAGCCGACUUCAUCAACCUGCACGCCGGCGCGCGCGCACUCAAGUCCUCGUGCCUGGACGAGCAGCGGCGCGAGCUGGGCUGCCUGGACGCCUACCGACGCCACGACCUGUCGCUCGUGAGCCACGGCUCCCAGUACGGCGUGCACCCCGAACAGAGGCUGCUGCCCGGUGCGGGCCUGGGGCUUCCGCCGCCAGGGACUGAUGACCUGCAGGGAUCCGUGGACGCGCAAUGCGGGCUCAUGUUGAACGGCCAAGGCGGGGUGAUCAGGCGAGGAGGUACGUGUGUGGUGAACCCUACAGACCUCUUCUGCUCCGUGCCUGGUCGGCUCUCUCUACUCAGCUCUACCUCCAAAUACAAAGUUACAAUAGCAGAAGUUAAACGACGACUCUCGCCUCCAGAGUGUCUCAACGCCUCUCUGCUGGGGGGGAUCCUAAGGAGAGCAAAGUCGAAGAAUGGUGGCCGGUGUCUUCGAGAGAAACUAGACAGAUUGGGACUAAAUCUCCCAGCAGGCCGAAGGAAAGCUGCUAACGUUACGCUGCUUACAUCUUUAGUGGAAGGGGAAGCACUACAUCUGGCUCGAGAUUUUGGGUAUACCUGUGAGACAGAGUUCCCCACUAAGGCGGUGGGUGAACACCUGGCACGGCAACACACAGAACCCAAAGAACAAAAUGCCCGCAAGAAAAUGGUUCUGGCCACCAAACAGAUCUGUAAGGAAUUUCAAGAUUUGUUAAGUCAGGAUCGUUCUCCGUUGGGUUCCUCGAGACCGACACCAAUCCUGGACUUAGACAUUCAGAGACAUCUAACACAUUUCAGCUUGAUCACACAUGGUUUCGGCACACCAGCGAUCUGUGCCGCUCUCAGCACUUUCCAGACGAUUCUCAGUGAAAUGCUAAAUUACCUGGAAAAACACUCGGCCACCAAAAACACUGGGACUCCUGAUGGUGGCCAGAUCAACUCCAACUCGGAAAAGACACCACAACGCAAAACAAAUGAAAAUUCAUUAAAAGAUGGCAAAAUGGAGAAAUCAGAAUGACUCUGCCCCUCGUUUGUUUUUUGAGAACUGGGUAUAGCCGCUGAUUUACUUACGGUUCUGAGCCCUGGUGGGCAGGCCUUGUUCAGGGUGUGGCUCGUACAAGGCAGGCUUUUUUGGACCUUCAGUAAUAAUUUAUUUCAUUGUGUUUAAACAGAAAAAUGAACAGCAUUGUUUUGUUACUCACACAGUGUAUUUUUUCUUUUGUAAUUUAUUAAAGUUAUUUUGUUUAAA